UCCGGCGGAAGCGCCGUCCCUCGCAGGUUGAGCCGGAGUCGGAGCGUUUCCGCCUCGCGGCCGCCGCACGGCCGGGGCCAGCCGAGCCGAGCCGAGCGAGCCGCGCCGCUCCCCUCACACUGCUCUUAAGGCAGCGCCGCCGGCGGCCGAAGGAUGUGGCGGAGGCGACAGUGGCAGGCGCCGCGGCCGAGGGAGCCCUGAGCCCGAGCAGCGCUUCCCGGCCCCGCGACCCCCCGGCCCGUCCGCGACCCCCGGCCCGGCCCCCGCCGUCCCCCGCCCCUCGGCGACGUCGCCCUCCGCGGCCCCGCCCGCCCCCGCCGGGUCCCCGCGCCCUGGAGCCCCGCGCGGGCGCUGAGCGCAGCCCGUGAGCCCAGCGCAGCCAGGAUGGCCUCGUCGUCCGGCAACGACGACGACCUCACCAUCCCCAGGGCUGCCAUCAACAAGAUGAUCAAAGAGACGCUGCCCAACGUCCGCGUGGCGAACGACGCCCGGGAGCUGGUGGUCAACUGCUGCACUGAGUUCAUCCACCUCAUCUCCUCCGAGGCCAACGAGAUCUGCAACAAAUCGGAGAAGAAAACUAUCUCCCCGGAACACGUCAUACAAGCGCUAGAAAGUUUGGGGUUUGGCUCCUAUAUCACUGAAGUAAAAGAAGUCUUACAAGAAUGCAAAACAGUAGCACUAAAGAGAAGAAAGGCCAGUUCACGCUUGGAGAACCUCGGCAUUCCGGAAGAAGAGCUACUAAGGCAGCAACAGGAAUUAUUUGCACAAGCUAGACAACAGCAAGCAGAACUGGCACAGCAGGAAUGGCUACAGAUGCAACAAGCAGCUCAACAGGCACAGCUCGCUGCUGCCUCAGCCAGUGCAUCCAAUCAGGCAGGAUCUUCUCAGGAUGAAGAUGAUGAAGAUGAUAUCUGAAAAUCACCAGCUGAGUUGUCUUACUAAGAAAUACUUUUCCUGCACAAUGAAAACAGUGAAAUGAAUGCUUACCUGUAAGUUUGUAUGCAUCGUGGACUGGCAGUUGGUAUUCUAGGGGUGUCUGCUGUUGUGUGCUGUACAUGUAUAAACUGUCUUUUUUGAACUCUUGAAGAUUUAAGGUUCAGUAUCAUAUCAACUUUGGAUUUUUAAUGGUGUAUAUGGAAAUUUUAGAUAGCAGUGCGUCAUUUAUUUGAUCAAUAAACAGUGUUACAAUAAACAACAUGUUUAUAAAAUAUAGUGAGAUUUAUACAAAAAGCUCUAAAUCCACAUUUGCAUUUCUUCCCUUUUAACUAAACUAUAAAAUCUUACUUAGAAUUUUUAAUUGUUUUUGGGGGGAGUGGUACAGUAGACAUAAUCUGUUAACGUGGAAAAAAAAAAGUAGAGUUCAGCAUAGAAGAGUCUGAAUUCUUAGUUCUUUUUAAAAUGAGGAUGUAUAUGGCAAUAAAUAUUAUAUAUGCUCGAAUACCACACUUGUUAAAAUUUGAAAAUUAUACAUUUUCACCAAGCUAGGAAAAGGUAUGUUUAAUAGGAGUUGUACAAAUUCAGUCUUUUUUUUGUAUAGGGGUGAAAAAAAAUAAACCCAUGGUUUUAUUAUGACAUCCUUUUGACAGUCCUAAUUGAGUAUUUCAAAGACUGCCUGGUUUGAAGAACUAACUCUUCUAUUACUUCACUCCAGUUUAAUGUUAACUGUUGUUGAUGGUAUUUUGUAGUCCAGAUUUAUUCAUAUUGUUGAAAUAUAAAGCUGGAACUUAAAGAAACAAAAUUGUUUGUUCUGCUGAUGUGACAGGGAGUGAUUAAGUAUUUAAGACCAAGAAGGCAGAAGCUGACCCUAACAGCAUGUUUGUCAAAAAGAGAGAAUUUAUUUAACCUUGAUUAGUCAUUGUCAGCAUAAUGCUAACAUUCUCCAGACUAGACUGCCACUGGAUUACUAAGAUACCUUGUUGAAAGACAACAUUUUCUUCACUCAGAUUGGUUUGUAGGUAAGUCCAGGUUUCUGAUAAAUUGUUCCCCAAGAGUGAUCAGCAGCAAUACAUGAAACAGAAAUGAUGUACUUGUCCUUUUGAUAGUUCUGUUGAUUUAAUGGAUGAGCAGCUGUCCUUUGUGUUGAAAUAAAGCACAGUAGUGUCCAUUGCUGAGUUUUAAUGUGUUACUUGAAGUAAUACUGGCAUAUCUUCUGGUACACUAAUCUGAGCAGACUAGAAAAGCCACUUGCAUGCUGCUGUAGAUGACCCACAGCUGUCUAACAGUGCGGAUGGUUUUACCAACUGACUCCUCAGCGAGUUGCUCUAGUUGGAAUUCUUGAGGAGGCUGCAGCAGUCUGUUUACAUGAGGAUGCAAACAGCAAAUGGUGGGCCCAUUUUUACAUAAAGAUCUGAACAAGGUACAAUUGGCAUGUAUUCAGAUCUCAGUCGCAUGGUGACUUUUGAUUUAAAUUUGAGAUAUGUUAAGUUGCAUAUUGAAUAAAUGUGAACAUGUCUUUAAAAGCAGUAAUGCAGUGAAAACCCAGAACAGUAUUUGUUUGAAUGUUUAAUUUUAAAAAACUAAAAAAAAAAAACCCAACUAUCCUGGAUACCACAUAAAAUAUGUUAGGCAAGGUUUGACUGAGGAAGUGGUUUUCUGUAAAGGUUUAAGUACCAAAGGUAGAAAAUCUAGUCUAGUGAUACAAUGUUAAUGUGCAGUGUUGGCUUUUCUAAUUUGUACUGUAACACCUUCACACUUUCUAUUUUAAAUGAGUCUUUUCCUUCUAAAUAAUACUAGGUAUAUUUUCACACCUUUCUUUUCUGAUGCAGAAAUCAGGUUAACAUUUUACUGCAUCUGGUAUGUAUGGUGUAAUGUUUGAAUUUUUGUGACCUUUCUUUUUGGACAUUCUUGUGCUUUUUCAUAUGCUGUAUUCUUCAAGCAAUAAAAUUCUGAUGUGUUUUUAUAAAA